AUGUCUACCCGCAAGAGAGGUCGCGAACCUGAGGAGGAGCUCCAAGCUCUCCCUAGUGAUGACAGCGAAGAGGAAGAAGAAUAUGAAGACUCCGAACCCGAACUAGAGGAAGGAAGCGGCGAAGAAGAAGAAGAAUCAGCCUCCGCCUCCGACGAAGAUGAGGAAGAGGAAGAAGAGGAAGAGCCCGCCAAAGCACCAGCUCCAAAGAAACAAAAAGUCGCACCGAAAGUCGCUGACGACGACGAAGGUGUCGAAGUCGCGGAGAACGGCGCCAAAGACAAAGACGAAGACGAGGAAGUACUCGCCGAAGAAGGAGACGAAGAAGCUGCCGAUGCCACGGCUGAGAAGAGUGGACCUGCUGCUGCGGCUAUCAAGGACAAAGGUGGUGUUAUUCCUAAGGAGUCCGAUCUUCCUGAGAUUGAAGAGGCGGAGAAGGAUGAGUAG